AUGCCAGUCAAAAUAUCAGUCUUCCUCUACCGCAAUCCCCGCCUGUCACCGGAAGAAUUCAGAAGGCGCUACGAAGCGCACGUCAAAAUGAUCAAGAGAAUGACAGGCGAGGAUUUCCCUCUUUCUCAUCAUCGAAACUAUAUCGCCCGCAACACCGUCGAAAUCCCUCCGGAGGGCUCCACCCCGCGCAACGCCUUCACCCCGGCCACUAUACUUCGCGGACAACAAGCAGACUUCGACUUUGACGCCUACGCUGAGCUUACUUUUGCGGACCAGGCUGCCUACCAGGCCUUUGCAGCCAAAAUUUACGCGCCGGACGCUGCUGCCCAGAUCGCUGCUGAUGAGGAGAAAUUCCUGGAUCGCUUGAAGCUGGGCAUUGCCCUGGUGGAGGAAGUGAGGGUUACGGUGAAGUGA